AGCUGGGCUGGGUCGGAGCUGGUCUCUUGGCUGCUGCUGCGGGGCCGUCGGGCCUGGAUUAGAGCCGGAACCGGAGCAGGACUUUGGGCUUGUGUCCUGCUAGCGGGCCGGGAGCUCCCGGAGAAGGGCGCGGGGGAUCCAUGGGACGGACACCCCAGGACACGGCGGGGCACCAGGCUCGCUAAGGGCAGCAGCUUGUAGCCACUGAUCGGGACCUGGCGGCCGCGCUGAGCUGUAGCGGGCAGAGACUCAAUGCCCAGCGGGGACAGACACAGACAGGCUCUGCGGUCUGUUCUCAGGUCCAUGCUCCGGAUUUUUGUCAUUUUCUUGAUAACACAACUACCUCAUUCGGAAGCUCUACAGUGCUACGCAGGCGAAUAUGAAAUAAAUGGCGAAUGCUGUCCCAUGUGCAGUGCGGGGAGCAGGGUGUUCAAACAUUGUACACGAAAUGUCAGCACAACAUGCAUGCCCUGUGUGGAUGACACAUAUACAGAGCAUCCCAAUGGCCUAACAGAGUGCAUGAGAUGUAAAGUCUGCGAUGCAGGCGCCCGACUGAUGGUAAAAGAAAAAUGCACGUAUACGAAGAACACCGUGUGCGGCUGCGCCCCGGGGGAUUUCUGCCCACAUGCUGCAGGCCUGGACUGUGAAAUGUGUAGUCCCUACACCAUCUGCCUGCCUGGCUCUAUGGUGAAAAUACCUGGCACAGAAUUCCUUGACAACGUAUGUGAGGUUUGCCCUGAUGGAACCUUCUCAGCAACCAACAUGUCACACACCUGUCAGCCAUGGACCAGGUGUGAAGAGGAAGGGAUGAGAGAACAAAAGGCCGGGACAGCCACUUCUGAUGCAGUUUGUCUACAAAGAGGCCUUUCUACCACAGCGAUAGCAGUGCUAAUAGUCCUUGCUCUCUCACUUUUAUCUGCAUUUGCUGGAACAGCGUUCUUUUUUUGGUGGAAGAAGAAGAGGAAAUAUGGAUUAACACCUGCACAGGAGACAGGGGAUGAGCUAAAUGAAGAGGCUGUGGAAAAUUUGAUACGGACUGGAAAGAAAGGGACUGAUACAACCCUUCCUGUUCAGGAAAGUACUAUUAAACUCUAGCACAUCCACCCUUCACAGCCCCUGAACAAACACAGGGAAGAGCAGAUGCACAAAGUGGGGGAAGAGAGAGAGCCAUUCGUCAGCCCUGCAAGUGAGAGAGGAGGAACACGGAGAGGAGUCCCUACUACAGAUCUAGGGAAAUGGCCACCAGCCCUGGAUUCUCCUGAAGGCUCCGGACUACUCUAGAAAAAGCUGAAUGAUCAAGGACAGAAAAUCGAUCAGAGUUCAGUGAUUUGGAAGCUUCUGAAAAUCCCUCUUGACUGGAUUCUAGUGAUCAUCAUCAAUGUAACUUUAGUCUCUCUGGCUGUCUCCUGUUAUGCUGAAGCCUUCCUCAUGGACACAUUGUUAGGUGUAAUGUCUACAGACUCUGGGCUCUUGGUUUCAUUCAGUAACUACACUUAAGCUUCCAUUUAUUCAUUUAAAAUAUUUGAGAGUUCCCACUCACACACCACAAAUACUUAACCUGGUAUCCAGGAAUGUCUACUGAACCAGUUGCUCUUCCAUAUUGGACCAGGUGACCACAAAGCAUAUAGUCAAAAUGGAUUUUAUACAUAGCUUUAGUUUUAUAACAAGGCAACAGAGUGGGAACAGAAAUGUUUUAUUGCUGUAAAUAUUAGCUCUUAAUAUCUCAUCCUACAUUAAAUCUGCACAUUUAUUGUCUCUUGUUAAUCAGAUUUGCUUUGAACCUUCUCUAUGGGUAAGAUAAAAUCCCAGGUAAGAAGUAUGACUGGAAAUAUGAUAUUUUCUGUCUUAUUAUCUAUCCCUUUCUUAAUGAUUCCCAACAUUCUGUUCACUUUUUUGACUGCUGCUGCUGCACAUUGAGUGGAUGACUGCUGCUGCUUGCCACAGGAGUCUCUGAGAACAAGUGUGUGUUUGCGUAAACUCUGAAGUCCCCACUGGUCAAGUGAGAUUAGCACCAGGGGCUCUGAAAUCAGGAGACCUGGGUUCUAUUCCCAACUCUGUCACUGAGUCCCUAUGGGACUAGGGAACAAGUCUCUUAAACAAUAUGGUCUAGAUCAGGGGCGGCAACCUUUCAGAAGUGGUGUGCCGAAUCUUCAUUUAUUCACUCUAAUUUAAGGUUUUGCGUGCUAGUAAUACAUGUUAACAUUUUUAGAAGGUCUCUUUCUAUAAGUCUGUAAUAUAUAACUAAACUAUUGUUGUAUGUAAAGUAAAUAAGGUUUUUAAAAUGUUUAAGAAGCUUCAUUUAAAAUUAAAUUAAAAUGCAGAGCCCCCCGGACUGGUGGCCAGGACCCAGGUAGUGUGAGUGCCACUGAAAAUCAGCUCGCGUGCCAUAGGUUGCCUACCCCUGGUCCAGAUCCUCAAAGGUAUUUAAUGUCCAUUGAUUUUUAAAGGUAUUCAGGCCCCUGAUUUCAAUGAAAGUUAGGAGCCUAAAUAUCUUGGAGGGUCUGGGUCAAUGUGCCUUACUGUCUGCAUCUGUAAAAUGGGAAAAAUACCUUAGGGGGUACUGUGAUGGGUUGGAUCACAGAAACCCCCUUGGGAGCUGCCACCCGAUGUACCAAGACUACCCCUGCUCCUGUUUUCCCUGCCAGCUCAGGACUCCAGCACCCUGUCUUGCUGAGCCAGACACUCCCGUCUGCUCCAACACAGACCCAGGGUCUGAAUCACUUGCCCCAAAGCUGCAAGUUACCUAAAAACAGCUCACAGAAGUGUGCUUGUCUUUAGCCCUCAGAUGCCCAACUCCCAAUGGGGUCUAAACCCAAAUAAAUCCAUUUUACCCUGCAUAAAGCUUAGUUAAUACUUAGUAUACUAUUAACUAAGCUUUAUGCUUAGUAUACUUAGUUAGUAUACCCUGCAUACUCUGAGUUAAUUAAUAAGUAAAACGUGAUUUUAUUAAAUACAGAAAGUAGGAUUUAAGUGGUUCCAAGUAGUAACAGACAGAACAAAGUAAGUCACCAAGCAAAAUAAAAUAAAAUGCCCAAAUCUAUGUCUAAUCAAACUAAAUACAGAUAAGAUCCUCACCAGUUCCAGAAUGCUCCCUUUUACAGGCUAAUCUCCUUUUAGCCUGGAUCCAGCAAUCACUCA